UUUAAAUGAGAAAAGGCAAGCAUUCUAGUUAUUCUGAAUAUGAGGAAUACUACGAGAGCGAAGAAGAAGAGGAGGAAUAUGAAGAGGAAGAAUCUAUCCCAAGCAAGAAGCCUAAUAAGAAAAAAAGGCACCCUCCUUCCAAUAAAGAUGAGGAAGAAGGUGAUUCAGGGGAUGAUAAUGAUUCUGAAAAGCAAAAGCUGACUCAGAACAUGAAGGCUAUCGAAAGGAUGAGUGAAAUAUCCUCUCGUAAGAAAAUUCAAAUUACAAAGAACUUGACUACAAAUUCAGGUGGGACUGUAUAUGGAGGGAGAAAUAAAAUGACAAAGAAAGAGAAAAUAAUAAAAAUGUUCAAGAGCAAGUGGUUUAGUUUAUUCAUGUUGAUUAUCACAGGAUGGUCAAUGCUCUCAGACGAUAUUAGAAAUCUAGGUCCAAAAGCACUGGAUCCUUUGUUUUAUACUCUUAUUAUUUUGUGCAUAUUAAUCUUCUGUUUUGAUAUCAAGUUCACAGAUGGAUAUAUUCCCAGCACUUACUUUUUCAUUGAUUUAUUGGUAACACUAAGUCUAUUUUUCUUUGAUAUUGGAUGGCUUUGGCAUGCUAUGCUUGGCCUUGGGAGCAUAGAAUUUAGUAAUGCAGAAACUGCUUAUAAUACAGCAAUGAAAGGAGAAAGCCUCAGAGAUGGUACUAGAAUAGCAAGGAUCUCAAGAAUCAUCCGGCUUAUCAGAUUAAUUAGAUUAUUUAAGAUGUAUAGGCAUGCUCAUGCAUUCAUUUCAUAUGUCCAAGAUCCUAAAUAUAAUACUGCUGAGGAUACAUUAAAGAAGAAAUUGAAAGGAGACCAAGAAGAAAGCCAAAUCGGACAAAAAAUAUCAGAUUUAACAACAAGAAGAGUACUUGUUCUUGUUAUUUUGAUGCUUCUUUGAGUGCCUUUGUUUACCAUAAAUACUUAUAAAGAAGAGAAUGCAUAUUUUGAAUACGGUCUUGAUCUUGUAGAGAGUAAGACAGAAAAUAUGAUGUCACCAGUCUAUAUCGACUUGUUUGAGUCCUACAUAGCAGAGCAUAAAGAUAUCCCAAUGCCUGCGAUUAAUGUUUACAUACAUGGUAACUCUUCAAUACCAAAAGCAAACAGAAUUUAUGAUAAAGAAGGCACAGAUCUCGAUAGUUUUAGACCUUAUGAGCUAGAACUUGUAAAGACAGAUAAAGGAGGAGCUGUUGCUGUAUUUGAUUUCACAUAUACAGUGCGUCUCACUGCUGGGUUAAGCUUAGCCAGAUCCAUUUUUGUAUGAUGUGUCCUCACUCUUGGAGCCUUCUUUUUCUCAAGAGAUGCUACAUUUUUAAUAGUAAAACCGAUUGAAGGAAUGAUUUCUAAAGUAAAUAGGAUAGCUAAAAAUCCUCUUGAAGCUGCUGUUGAAGAAGAGAAUGAAGCACUGGCUUAUGAGAGAGCUAUGAUGAUGCAAAAGAAGAUGAAUAAGAAAGUGAGGAAAAUAAAAACAGAUGAUGAAUAUGAAACAGUCAAAAUUGAACAGACCAUCAUUAAGAUUGGUGCCUUGCUCGCUAUUGGUUUUGGAGAAGCAGGAGCGAAGAUUAUUGCCGAUAGUAUAGGUAAUGAAGGAGAUAAUGCCAACAGUAAAGUCGUCGCCAUUUUUGGGUUUUGUGACAUCAGGAAUUUCACAGAUGCAACUGAAGUCUUGCAAGAAGAUGUCAUGCUGUUUGUAAAUGAAGUUGCUGAUAUCGUUCAUGGAGUAGUUGAUCGAUACUCUGGAGCUGCUAAUAAGAAUAUCGGAGAUGCAUUUUUGCUUGUCUGGAAAUUCAAUCCUGAGGAUGUUGAGAUAAAUGAAGAUGGAGAACUGGUGACUAAGAGAAAUGGAAGAAAUGCACAAUAUGCAGAUAUGAGUGUCAUGUCCUUCUUGAAGAUUAUUGCUGAAAUUAGGAAAAGUCACAAACUUGAGAGAUAUAGCCACAAUCAGCAGAUCCUAGAAAAGUUACCGAAUUUUCAAGUCAAAUUAGGGUUUGGGCUACAUGUAGGAUGGGCUAUUGAAGGAGCUAUCGGUUCUGAUUUUAAGAUUGAUGCUAGUUAUUUGAGUCCAAAUGUAAACACAGCUAGUAGACUAGAAGCUGCUACGAAGCAAUUUGGUGUUCCUCUUCUAAUUUCAGGAGAGAUGAGAAAAAUAUGUACACCAAGAACUCAAGCCAACAUGAGAAUUAUUGACAUUGUUACUGUUAAAGGGUCUAACGAGCCAACCGAGAUGGUAACAUGUGAUGUCGAGCAAUCUCUAAUUAAAGUAGAAGUCCCUAAGAGACAACGAAAUAAGCGACAGGAUAAGAAAAUGAAGAAAGUUAGAGGGCGAAUAGAGAGGAAUAGGUACAAACAAGCUGCUAUGAGUAAUCAAAUUCAAGUUAGUGAAAAAUUUGAGCUUGAUGAAGAUAUCAAAAUCAUGAGAUCUCCCUAUUCUAAAGAGUUCUUUGAGACUUUUAAAAUGGGAUUUGAGCAUUAUAUAGGAGGAGACUGGCAAAAAUCUGCAGAAUAUCUAAAUUCAAUAGAGGGAAGAUUAAUUGCUGAAGACUUCCCAACUAUGCAAAUCUUGAGCUAUAUGAAGAGCCUUGAUUUUAAAGCUCCAAGGGAUUGGAAUGGAUAUAGAGUUUUAACUGAGAAAUAAGAUUUUAAUUAUUAUGACAUAUAAUUUUCAAGUAUA